AUGCCACCAAGAAUUGUGCGUCACCGUUCUGUAGUACCAGCAGUUCAUCGAGAACAAGUUAAGGGAAGUUAUAGUUGGGGUACAUUUUUGGGAAAUCUUUUGAGGACACUUAAUCGUUCUGGUGAUGUUCGCUUACGUUGUCCUGAUACUGUUGUUCCCGUGGAAAGCUUUCAUGAAGCUUCGUUAGUCGAAUAUAUGAGGAGUAUUGAUACAAGCGUUAAAGUUGAAGUGGCACUACUCGGUGAUUAUGGUUAUAGGCAUGAAACUUUAAAAUUAUAUUGGUUUGCUCGAGUAUUGAAAAUUUUGGGUUAUCGCAUAUUGCUUCGAUAUGAGGGAAUGGAUGAAAAAGAUGAUAACAUAUAUGAUUUUUGGGUCAAUAUUAGUUCACAGGAUAUUAAACCCAUCGGUUAUUGCGCAAAAGACAUUGAAACUCGAGCUUUGGUGCCACCACAAAUAAUUCAUGAACGACAAUCGAAUUGGCGACAAUACAUUCUUAGCCAAAUACCGUCUUACAGAACUUUAUCUAUUAAUUGGCCAGAAAUACUGGUUCAGAAAUUGACAUCUCAUAAAUUCAAGAUAGGAGAUGAGGUGGAAUUGCUAGAUUCAAUAUAUCGUUUGAGAGUCCGUCCUGCAUAUGUCGGACAAGUUAUUGGUAGUCGAAUAUGGGUAUCUGUAAGCGAAGAAUUUAUGAUACGACCUACAAUUAUUAAGGGUGAUCCUCAGAUUGGUGAAGGAGUUUGGAUGGAUCAAAAUUCACCGCUAAUCUUUCCUAUUGGAUGGGCGCGAAGAGUUGGAUAUAUGCUGGAAGCAAAUAGAGAUUAUUUUAAACAUAUAGAAAAAAUUUCAACUGCUUACAUGUUGAAACCAGUUGGUAAUCCGUAUCAAAAACAUGACACGUUAAAAAUAAAAACUGAAAAAGGUGAAAUGAUAUGGGAAAAAGGAAUGAAGCUGGAAGUACUGGAUCCGUUUGGUACUUGGAAUGAAUUGCGGGUGGCAACUGUUACCGCAAUUAUGAAUGAUGGCUUUCUCAAAAUCGGUUUUGAUGGUGAAAUGGAACAUUACUCAGUGCCAUUACAUUACACCUCAGAGUUACUAUUUCCUGUCGGUUAUGGAGCUAAAUAUGGAAUACUGGUGAAAAAACCAAAAAAUGUACAUGAUCCAGGAAUUUUUAACUGGAGUAUUUAUCUGGAAAAAAUCAAUGGUGUUCCUGCACCUGAAGAACUUUUUCAUACAUUCAGUGAUGACGUUUUAAAAAAUUUUAAGGUUGGAGCAAGUUUGGAAGCAACUGAUAUGUGCGAAUCAAAUUUGAUAUGUCCAGCGACAAUAUCAAGUCACCAUGGACGACUUAUGAGGAUCUCAUACGAAGGUUGGGGUAACAAUUACAAUCAACUGUUCGAUUACAGAUCACCGAAUAUUUUUCCUCUUGGUUGGUGUGAAAUGCAUGGUUAUAGACUGUCAUCACCGGCAAUGGCGAAGAAAAGGAGGAGAUGA